AUGGCUGAUAAGAUACACAUAUGUCUGCUGGGACAGAUCAUUCUCUCACUGCUAUUUACAGAUGUGACUGCUGACAUCAAUGUGUUCACCAGUUCUGGUGAAAAUGUCAUUCUGUCUUGUAAUAAUCCUGUUCCUCAGUGUAACUCAACUACAUGGAUGUACAAACAAUAUAGUAGGUCAACUGCUGUAGACUUAUUUAUUGGAGGAAUAAAGAUGAUUUACAUAGAUAGAUCUGAGCGACUGAGUCUGACAUCUGACUGCUCUUUCAACAUCUACAAAACGACACAAGAUGAUCGAGGACUUUACAUCUGCCAACAAUAUGUGAAUAAAUAUCACUAUAGAACUUAUGCACGUGUUUAUCUACAUGUUCUCCAUGUGUUUUCAUCAGCCACACAGACUGAGAUAAGAGCACACACAUCUGUCACUCUCUACUGUCAGCUGUAUACAUAUGACUGUAAUAAUUUGGUCCAAGUUAAUGGAUUUCAGUUGGUGUGGGUGAAUCGGUCAGGUUUUGAGCUACAGACAAACUCCAGAUAUCAGAUUAAAUCACAACAUUCUUGUCUCGUCACUCUGACUACAACUCUCAUGAAUGAAGACAACAACACAGAGUUCAGAUGUGUACUUAAAAUGAGAAAUGACACCAAAACGAGAGCCAGCUAUACUCUGAAGUUUACAGAUUCAUCAGUAACUGAGACGACAUCAACAUCAAACCGAUUGGAAAGUGUAAACAGCAGUGAGUCUGGUGCAUCAUUCAUCAGAGUGAUUCUAUUGUUGAUGUGUCAGUGUUUGCUACUCCUACUGUCAUUCUUCUUCUGAUCAUCUGUGCAGGAAGACUUGAAAACAGAAGUCAGAAUGCUAAUCCAGAAGACGAUGAUAUCAGAAUAAAACACUCUAUGACUAACAGAGAAAAUUACAGCUACUCAUUAGAUGUUUCACCACUAGAUUUGAUCUUAAAGUGAACCAGUGUUCUAUUAUACACCCACUUAUAAAGUCUUGUUUCUGUAUUUCAGCUGAACAAUAAUAUCUUGCUUGAUUUUUUUAUAUAUUUAGAUUUUCACAUAUAGUUCUGCGCUCUUUAAAUCCUCUCUCUCUGAAUCGCUCUGAUUGGUUAAACUGGUUAGGCUGGCCCAGUCCCUUGUGAUUGGACAUCUGCUUAGAGCAUGUGUCAAAAAUGUCUCGAUGUGUGAUGUCAUGUGAUAUUGAUACAUGCUCGUUUUGCUAAAUUAUCACAGAAACUGUCAAUCAUUCAUGUGAAAAAUAUGUAAACCUUUAUUCAUGAAAAUAUCCAGCAAGGAGCAUCCAUCACCAUUUAAAUAAAAUCAUUUUAUGGUUUUAAAAAUCUUGCUGAUAAUUAAGUCCUUCC